CGGCCUCAAAAACGUCUGUCUGUCUUCACAAUGAAGGGUCUGUCUAUACAGUACAGCCGCACGAGCCUCGCCUCGCCUCGCCUCCUCUCUCGCAUGCUUAUCAGCCCAUCACCAGAUGCUCGCACGCAUCCUUGCGGCGAUGAGCAUCACACGCGCGCAAGAUGAAGCAACCAGGCAGAGGCACCGCAGCAGGCAGGCAGGCAGGCAGCACACAUCCACCCACUCGAAAACGUGCUGAUGCCAUGCCGCACAUCACAUUCCCCUCCUCUAGUCUAGCCUAGCCGUUCUUCUGUCUCUUCUUGGGCACAUCAUCGUUGCCAUGGUUGCCUAGGGAAAGCUGGCGCUUGUCCCCUGCCCUCACACCCGGCUGCCUGUCCUGCUCUUGUCUGUGGUCCUCCAGGGCGGUCUUGCCUGAUCCGAGGUCGAAGAGGAACUCUUUUGGAAUCCUGCUGUCGCGACUGCCCGGCGCCUUGUUGACCGUGACGCCCUCCUGCUGCAGUCGCCUGACCUUGUCAGGCAGAUUGGGAUUGUCGGGACCUGAACGGCCACCUGCAGACAACAGCCAGAGGUGAGGUGAUCCAGGCAGGCAGGCAGGCAGGCAGGCCGGCAAGCGUUCCUCUUCCCCACCGAAGCCGCCGAUGGUGAGGUCAGCGUUGACGACCCUGUGUCAGGGAACCGCCGGGGCGAACGGGUUUCUCUUCAUCGCUGCACCACAACACAGGUACCUCACGAGCACAGGACACAGAGAUCCAUCCCACCCAUCCCCACUUCCACACAUCCAUCCCAUCCCCCCAGUGCACCGCACCCACCUUACCUUGUCCAAUAGCCUGGCCAGAUCCACAGCCAACCGCCUCGCCCAGUGCCUUGUAGGUCGUCACCUUCCCCGCAGGCACACGCAUCAGCGCCUCAAACACGCGCCGCUGGAAUGGCGUGAUGCGAUGCGCAGACCAGUCAAUAACACCUGGCGCACCAUCGCCCUCAUCCUCUGCUGCUAUAGCCGCAGCGCUCGAGUGGCCGCCAGGCCCAUCCUCAGCCUCCCCGGCCUCAUCGUGGCCAUCUGCACUGCGGCUCAUGCUGUGCGGUGGCAGAUCUAGACCGACUCCCAGACGGCGUGUUGGGACUGGAGGUAGGCGCGCUCCUGUGAGCUGUAGACGAGGAGGGCGACGUGGAAACAGCACAGGUGCGAGCAGAGAUGGAUGGUGACGCCGAAAGCAGAGACGAGGAGGAUGAUUCUGAGCCAAAUUGGCAUAGGCUGGCCCACGGAGCAGUGAUGCCAGCCUUGUGCUUCGAGCAUAAAGAUGCC